AUGGAGACCGAGUGGGCGUUCUUGCAGCCGUGGCGGGAGUCGCUCUGCUCCGUCCUGCAGCUACCGGCGUCUGCACAUGACACAGGCGAGUUCCUCGCAGCCUUCGAGUGCUGGCCCGACGAGUGGGGAGACGAAUCCGCCCUUCGUAACUGCGGACAAGUGCUUCCUGCGCGGGCAGAGAAACCCCGCAGCGGGUGCGAGAAGCCAUUGAGCUCUUCGACUUCCUCGCGGCGGUGGACAACGUGGCCUUCGAGUCGCUCCUGUCUGAGUACUUUUAUCCACUGGAACCCGCCCCAGCAGGGCACCAAGGGCCGACCCCACGUGUUCUGGCCCACGUGGGAGUGCCAACUCGACGGCAAGCUGUCAAGCGAAGACGCAGUCACCACCACGUCUGCAGUUACAUGGGGGCAGCUCUUUGGCUGCCCUCUUGACCCGUGGAAGCACUCGAAGGAGUUCCGCGCAGCUAUGAACAAGCUGGAGAAAAUAAAGUUCAAGAAGGGCGGCAAGCAGCACAACAAGGCUGCGAGUAUUUCCUGGCAGGUGUUUGGUGAAUUCCUGUUCAUUUUCCAAGAACCUGUCAACCAGGGGCGCGCAAUUCGAGCUGCACCCUUGUCACAUGCCAGAGUGAAUGCUGGCUUUCUGCUGGGCACACUGGUGUGCGGUCGACCAAUGUUUCUUCCCGCUGGAAACUCGCGGUCAGCGCUUGAGCGAUCAGGAACGUGCACUCGUUGGGACCUUCAGCUCAGCGGUAUUUCCGGGAAAGGGUUUGGAGCGAUGCUAUCAGCUUUUAGUGAUCGAUACGCUGCUGAUGACGGCAUUCGUAAUGAUCCCGUAUAUUGGGCGUGGCUCACGUACGCGUUCUGGAGCAAGGCAUCGCAAUCUUCAGUUCAGACGCUGGAAAUCUCGCAAAUAAAUCUGACGGAAGAGCACGUGAAUACCAUCAAGCACGUAUUGACAAUAAUUUAUCCAGGGCCAAAAGCGGCUACUGGUUCUGCUCGAUCUAGAUUCGGAUAUGUCGACAUGAAGAAGGGAACCAGAGUAAGGCCCACUGGGGAACGCAACCGGGUUUUGGAGUUGUCUCAAGAUCGCUGUUGUCGCGCUUUCUACGAUGAAUCAAGCUUGGACAAUGUAGCAAAUGCUGUCAUUCCAGGCUUUGAGAUUUGCAAGGUGAAGCUGCUCAAUGGCAUGACCAAGUUCGUGGGAGAUACGUUGACGUCAAGAAAAUUUGGUCCGACAAUGAGUGCCAGCGGAAUUCGAUCCCAGUUUGACACUCACCGACGUUGA